UGACGUCACUGCAUCACGCUGAGAGCGGAGCUGAUGCUGAGGAGCAAAUAUAGGACGAGAGGAGGAGGAGAGGCAGCACAGUGUUUAUGCAGCCUGUGUGUUUGCUGUGAGCAGCGGAGCAAAAACCAAGGUCAUUCAGACGGGAUCAGAGGGCGACGCAGGGACCCAGUCACUGGAGGAUGAAGGGGCCCGGAGCGUGACGAGGCUGCGUCUGCCUCAUCCUCCCUCCUCACCCGCUGCUCAUUCUGCCUCACCCCCCGCCUCCCUUCACCACCAGCAGCUCCUCCUAUUCCAUCAGCUGCAAGCAUGGACGGACUCCGGCUGCCGCCCGUCAUAGAGGAGGUCCUGGACCCAUCCGACGAGCUGUGUGAGCUGAAGGUGGAGAAGCCCAUCAUGCUGGGAGACGCUCUGACGGACAAGGAGAGGGAGUCUCUGGAGGAAACCUACGAGGAGGAGGAGGAGAAGGAGGUGAAGGAGGAGAAGCAGGGUGAUGGAGGUGAAGAAGAGGUGGAGGAGCUGAGAGCCCAUGUGGUGCAGCUGCUGCUGGAGCUGGAGGAGACCAGAGAAGUUUCCCAGAGGCAUGAGGAGAGCUUCUUGGAGCUGCAGGGUCUGCUGGAAGACGAGCGAAUGGCCAGCACCAACCAGGCCGAGAGUUUCACCAGACAGAUCCAGAAGCUGCAGGCCCAGCUCCGCUCCGUGCAGGAGGAGAUGGACAGUCUGGAGGAGGAGAAGGAGAGCGAGCUGGCAGAGGCACAGGAGGAGCUCCGCUCGGCUCAGGAGGAGGUUCUGGUUCUGCAGCAGGCGGCUGAGGAGGCGGCCGCAGAGAGGGAGAACGACAUCGCCUCCCUGCAGGAGGAGCUUUGUCGGCUGAGGGCAGAGCUGCAGCGUCUCCAGGCCACGGCACAGGAGUACGAGCUGGAGAUCACCACGCUGAGAGCCGAGAUCAGCAUGAAGAGCCUCGGACACGGUACUCAGAGCCCGGUCUGGCCCGCUGUUGUAGUGGCCUCCUCUGUCUGUGUUGGUGCAUCGCUCAGUAGUGACACCUGCUGGAUCUAAAAGGCUCUGCAGGCGGCCUGCGUGGAGGUUGGAGGCAGUGGAUGGUUCUGGUUACUCAACCAACAAGAAAUACUUUAUUGAUUACUUUCUUCCGAGAUGCUCAAUACAAGAUAAGAACUCUGAUGAUGAACU